AUGGCGCCGGCGCCGCCGCCGCCGCCCCGCCGCCGCUUCCCGCGCCGCGGGCCCGGGGCUGCCGCCAACCGCUGCCGCCGGCCGUGCGGGGGCUCCGUCGUGCCGGCCGCGGGGCCCGGCGCCCGCCGCCCGGCCCUCGCCUCGCCCGGGCCCUCGCUCCGCCGCGGCCCGGCGGCUCCCGAGCGGCCGGCGGGGAAGGAGGCCGCGGGCGGUGCGCGGUGGCGGCGGCGGCGGCGGCAGGAACUGAUGUCAGGCGGGGCGGCGCCAGGGCGGGCGGCGGCGCACGCGGGCCUGCCGACGGCGGCGGACCCCGGCCCGGACCCACCGCGGCCCAGGGACCCCGCCCACACCCCCACCUGGGCCCCAGACCCGCCUGUGCCCAGGACCCCACCUACAGACCCACCUGGGCCCAGGGACCCCACUUACAGACCCAACUGGGCCCAGGGACCCCCACCCCAGACCCGCCUGGGCCCAGGGACCCCGCCUACAGACCCACCUGGGCCCCAGACCCGCCUGAGCCCAAGGACCCCUCCUGGGCCCAGCGACCCCCACCUACAGACCCGCCUGGACCCAGGACCCCACCUACAGACCCACCUGGGCUCAGGGACCCCCACCUACAGACCCACCUGGGCCCAGGGACCCCUUCACACAGACCUGCCUGUGCCCAGGGACCCCCACCUACAGAUCCACCAGGGUCCCAGACUCAGCCUACAGACCCACCUGGGCCCCAGACCCACCUGUGUCCAGGGACUCCCACCUAAAGACCUAACUGUGCCCUGGGAUCCCCACCUAGAGACCUUCCUGGGUCCCAGACCCACCUGUGCCCAGGGACCCCUGCCUACAAACCCACCUGGGCCUGGGACCCCAGCCCAGAGAUCUACCUCUGCCUACAGACCAUCUGGGAGCCCAAGACCCCAGCCAUAG